AGCGGGGGCAGCGCCGGACAGCGAGCGCCUGGGCUCAGGCCCUCGCUGUUACCUCCGAAGGAUGGGGGGGGGGGGGGGGAGUUUGCCAUUUGCAUAUCCCCGCUGAUUGGCUGGGGCUCCUGGUGUCAUCCCGGCCGCUCCCCGCGGCUGUCGCCAGAGCCCUUUAAGUAACCGGCCGGGGCGCGCGGCCGGCUCCAGCGCUUCUGUCGCGUCAUCUGCCGCCCUGCGGCCACGGAAGCGGCCCCUCGUUGUGCCCCGGGAGGCUGGGUCGCCCCCCCCCCCUCUCUCUCUCCUCCCCCUUUCCUCGCGCGCCGGGAUGUUUGACCGCGAGCGCGGCUGGAGCGUCUCCUUCGCCGGCUGCGGCUUCCUGGGCGUCUAUCACAUCGGGGCGGCCACCUGCCUGCAGGAGCGCGCCCCGCACCUCAUCCGCGACGCCCGCAAGAUCUUCGGCGCCUCAGCCGGGGCCCUCGCCGGCGCCGUACUGAUCGGAGGCGGCUCUCUGGCUGAAGCUUGUGCAGAUGUUCUGGGGUUAGCCAAAGAAGCCAGAAAGCGAAGUCUUGGUCCACUUCAUCCUUCUUUUAAUGUGAUUAAGAUAAUAAGAGAUGGACUAUUCAAAAACCUUCCAGAAAAUACUCACCAGUUGUCAGCAGGCAAGCUGUGUAUUUCACUGACCAGAGCGUCAGAUGGCAAAAAUGUGUUGGUAUCCAAUUUUAAUUCUAAAGAAGAAAUUGUUCAGGCUUUAAUUUGUAGCUCGUUUGUUCCUAUUUAUUGUGGCCUAAUUCCACCAUCAUUCAGAGGUGUGCGUUAUGUUGAUGGUGGAAUCAGUGACAACUUACCUCAGUAUGAAUCUAAGAAUACCAUCACGAUUUCUCCUUUCUCUGGGGAGUGCGAUAUCUGCCCAAAGGGGAACUCUGCAAACUUCCAUGAAAUGAAUGUUACUAAUACCAGCAUUCAGUUCAGCUUAGGGAACCUUUACCGUCUAACACAAGCACUCUUUCCACCAGAACCCAAGGUACUAGGAGAAAUCUGUGAACAAGGAUAUUCAGAUGCACUUAGAUUUUUGAAAGAAAAUGAUAUUCUUAAUGAUUCAGUUUAUGUCGACUUGUCCUUAAAGAAAAACUCUCAGGAACUCAUAGAGGACACUGACUUUACAAACAAGAAAACUAUUCUAGAGAGGAAGGGCACAGAGGAGAUAUUGAAGGCAAAAAUGCUUAGUAACCAGCUAAAGCUAAACACGUGGCCAUUGGAUGAAAGAAUUUUUGAGCAUCUACCUCCUAGACUUCGUAAAGCAUUACAAGACGCUUGUAAAGAGAAGAGUGGGUUUUAUGCACAGCUCUCUAAACUCUUACCAAUGCGAGUGAUGUCUUAUCUGAUACUGCCAUAUACACUGCCAGUGGAGUCUGCCUAUUCUGUUGCUUUAAGGUUAGUAGACUGGUUUCCCAAUAUCCCUGAUGAUUUUCAAUGGAUGCAGGGACAACUACGUCGGAUUGUCAGUACAGUUUAUUCUCAGGCAAGAAAUAAGCUACUCAGUACAUCCAGUAAAGAGAGCUAUGCAUCACUAAGAAAAUGUCAGACUGUUCCACCUAAUGUAGAAUUCCAUUCUCCCUACUGCCAUUCUAAAGUGCCACACUCUGCUGCAGACCUUGAAGGUUGGCUCUGGGAUUUUCUAUACUGCAGAGACUCAGCAGGGAAGCAAAUUUCUGUUGGUAUAAAGGGGCUCUCAGACUCUGAUUCUCAUCAUAUUUUCUUCAUGAAUUCUGAAGAAUCUGGCUUGGAAACGGAUUUUGACUCCUCCUCAGAAAAGAGUUUCCAAACUGCCUCAGAAGAUUAAUUUUGAAAGUUCUGAAAUCCGUCUGAUAGAGAAGCUUAAACCUUUUGAAGCGAACUCAUUCUUCCAUCUUGCCAAUAAGUAUUGGAAGACUGUUUUGUCUAAGCUCAAUGACAAAUUGCCUUUCGGGCCUUUACAAUGCUAAGGAUUAUACAAAACAGUUGUCACUGUACUAUGUAACAGUCACAUUCUUGUUAAUCUAUUAAAUUCUUGUUAAGCUUCAUUUCAAAAUUACAGUAGCACAAUAUCUGGAAAACGAUUUCACUCUAAGCUACCUGUAAUUAAAAAGCAUGAUGAAAUCAAACCCUAUAAAUGGCUUGUUCUAGACUGAAACAAGCGUUUAUAGAAAAGUUGCAUUUUAAAGGACAUACUUUUAAACAAUACUUGUGUUUGGUGGUGUUAGAUUACUUUUUAGCACUUGCAUGAAAUCAAGCAACUUGUACUUUAUAAAGGGAAAUGUACAUAAGGAACUUUUUGAGGGCCUCCAAUAUCAGUGUGUUUGCCUUUUGUUUAACUGUACUGUUUUCUGGAAAAAAGGCACCAACUUUGAUUACAUAUUGUAACAUACAACUCAUACUGUAAUUCAAGUUCACCAUUCCCAACAAUCUUUACAAAGUGCCUCCUUUUCUUAAGUAUUGAGAAGGAAAAAAGUCUCAAGAACUGGGCCGCAGUUAGCCAUAAGUGUUAAGGGGCACAACUCUGUUGACUUGUUGUGCAUGCUUAGCAAGUUGUGCAUGCUUAGCAAGGGCUUAAUUUGAACUAAUGUUUUUAAAUAGAUUUAAAAAAGAAAAAUAGCUGGAGCAGUGGUCUUUUGAAAAGACGAUAGUAUCAUUGAGUGGAGCUGUAUAGAGCAACAAUGAAGUUGUCAUAAUGCAACCAUUGCAAAACGUCUUUGUGAGAUUACAUUAUGACACUGAACAGUGUCAGGCUUGUGUUCUGAUUUGUGGAUUAUAUACAUCUUCUGUAAGAUGGAAAAGGAGGCCUUCUUUCUUUUUUAUUCCUUGGAGGAGCAGAAAGGAGAUCCCAGUGAUUCCAUUCUGUUUGUUUAGCACUUCUUGUGCUAUCUUAUCUCAAGCAGUGUAGGAAAAUUUCCUAACAUUUGUGCUCUUCUUGAGAUCAGAAUGAAUAAGCCAAGUUCAAAACAAAUGUGUUGAUAUUGUUACUCUCGUAUUAUACUGUAAAGAGCUGCAUGCAGGUCUAAAUCCACUGUUC